AUGCCGCCACCGCGUCGACGAGCGCCCGCGCCGCUCGCAGAUCACUACGCGGUGCUCGGAGUAAGCCCGGACGCCAGCCUCGCCGAGAUCAAGCGCGCAUAUCGAGCUCACGCACGAGAAGCUCAUCCGGACAAGGUGGGCGAGACGGCGGCGGCAAACGACCGCCUCGCAAGCCUCAACACCGCCUACUCAACACUCAAAGACGAGGACGCGCGGCGUGUCUACGACGCGCAGCGG